GACAGGCAGAGACAGACGGGGACUCACUUGGACAGACAAGCAGAGACAGACAGGGGCUAACUUGGACAGACAAGCAGAGACAGACGGGGACUCACUUGGAUUGGACAGACAGAGACGCUCCCAUGGACCUGCUGGUGGUGUGGCUGGCUACGGUGGCUCUGUGUCUUCCCUCUCUCACGCAAUGCAACCCGCUCUAUGUGAUGUCAGCUCCUAACCUCCUGAGGGUGGGCGGCCCAGAGAAGGUGUUUGUGGAGGCCCAGGACUACACUGGUAAUGCCUUUGACGUCACGGUGACGGUGAAAGACUACCCGCGCAGGGCCAGGGACCUUGCCCACACGACUGUGCACCUCAGCCCGGACAACGACAAUCAAGCACUGGCAGUAAUUACAAUCCAAACUGGAAAUGGUGUCUUUGUGGAAGACGACACCCUGAACCAGUACGUCUACCUGCAAGCCCAGUUCCCAGGCCACCUGCUGGAGAGAGUGGUGCUGGUCUCCUUCCAGUCUGGAUACAUCUUUGUGCAGACAGACAAGACCAUAUACACACCUUCAAGCACAGUUCUGUACAGAAUCUAUGCCCUGGGUCUUUCUCUGAAGCCUUCAGAAGAGCCGAUUACCGUGGACGUUAUGAACCCUGAGGGAAUUGUGGUACAUCAGGAGGCUUUAACCCCACACAAAGGCAUUUGCUCUGGAGAGUACAAAGUCCCGACCUUCAGCAGCACCGGGACAUGGAAAAUUGUAACAAGAUUUAGGAGCACACCACAGAGGAACUUGUCUUAUGACUUUGAUGUGGAGCACUAUGUUUUACCCCGAAUCGAGGUCACUUUGACGCCACAAAAGCCCUACUUUUACAUUGAUGACGAGGAGCUAAUAGUGAAUAUCAGUGCCAGGUACAUGGAUAGGAUGGACGUGACAGGAGUUGGGUUUGUGGUGUUUGCGGUGCAAGGAGUUGGGACAGACACGAGGCAAGUGGGCUCCAUUCAGAGAGUGAAGAUUAAGGGGGGGAGGGGACAUGCUGUGCUGGAGAGGGACCACCUGCGGCAGACGGUCCCAGACACCACUGACAUCUUCCAGCUGACGGGAGCCUCAUUAUCUGUGAAUGUCACUGUUUUAACUCAAACAGGCCAUGAAAUGUCAGAGGCCAACAUCGGCGGCAUUCAGAUCGUCACGUCUCCAUACACCAUUCACUUCCACAGGACCCCCAAGUACUUCAAGCCAGGGAUGCCCUUCACAUGUCUGAUUUCCGUGGCCAAUCCCGAUGGCUCACCAGCAGGGGGCGUCCAAGUGGAGGUGGCGGAGGGGAAGGCAUCAGCAGUCAGUGGCCUCACAGAAAGCAAUGGCCUGGUGAAACUAACAGUCAAUACUGACACUAAAGACACUGCACUGCUGAUCAGCGUGAAGACCAAGGAUCCUGGUCUCACCGAUGCUCGUCAGGCUAGACAGUCCAUGACAGCGUUGUCUUAUGAGACCAAGGGAGGAUCCAAGAACUAUCUGCACAUUGGUGUGGAUGCAACAGAGCUGGCUAAAGGAGAUCAGAUCAAGGUCAACCUGAAUGUAGGAGGAAGCCCUGGAGAACAGAAUCAAGACUUCACUUGUCUAAUUCUGAACAAAGGACAGUUGGUGCGUGCUGAGAGGAUAAAGAGACAGGGCCAGACUCUAGUGUCUUUGUCCUUACCGGUAACCAAGGACAUGGUCCCCUCCUUCCGUAUCGUGGCGUACUACCAUGUGGGCUCAUCUGAGGUGGUGUCUGACUCAGUCUGGGUGGAUGUGAAGGACACCUGCAUGGGGACGGUGAAAGUGGAAGUAUCUCACCACAUGUACUCCCCCCACCAGCCCUUCAGUCUGAAGAUCACUGGAGACCCUGGGGCCAGAGUGGGUCUGGUGGCUGUGGAUAAAGGAGUCUACGUCCUCAACAACAAGCACAGACUCACCCAGAGCAAGAUAUGGGACGUUGUUGAGAGAUUCGACACUGGCUGCACAGCAGGUAGUGGUAGAGACAGUAUGGGAGUUUUCUCUGAUGCUGGGCUGGUGUUUGAGUCAAGCACUGCAGGAGGAACUGAUACCAGGACAGCUCCUCACUGUCCCUCUCAUGAAAGAAGACAACGUUCGCUCAAAGGUGAUUUGGAGGGACGUUUUGAUGAUGUAGUGUCACGCUCCAAUUUCCAAGAGAGCUUUCUUUGGUACGUGGAGCAGCUCCCUACAUGCGGAGACGGUGAUAAACAUUGCACCAGUGCGUCCAUCAGUAAGAAUGGCUUUGUGACCGGAGCCAUCACUAGCUGGGCCAUCUCAGCUAUCAGCCUCUCUGAAGACAGUGGUAUUUGUGUAGCUAACUCCCUGGACAUAGGCAGUACCAAGCACUUCUCCUUGGACUUGAAGGUGCCAUACUAUUCCAAAUGCAAUGAGCAGCUGGAGAUUCUAGCCAUUCUGCACAACCAUGACGACGAUGACAUUAAGGUGGUUCCCAUUCUAUUGGCAACUAAAAACUGUGGGUUAACAACCGUGCUUUAUCAGGUGUUCUUGAAGUUAGUGGAGACAAGAAGAAUCUGCAGCUUGGCUACAGACAGGGCUGGAUACCUCACCACAGUGGAUGUGAGAGCCAGGACUGCCCGUGCCGUGCCCUUUGUCAUCGUCCCCAUGGAGACAGGAAAGCAGACCAUUGAGGUGAUGGCGGUGUCCGACAACUUCAGGCACAUUGACGGUGUGAGAAGAGACAUCAAUGUCCUGCCAGUGGGAGUUCUGAGAAACAGAGUUUUGAACCUGGACCUGAACCCCUCCAACUCUGGGGGUAUCCUGACAUCUGUGAUAGGACCAGAACUGACAGCUGUGUAUGACAGAAUACCAAAUAUGCCCGUUCAUCAUCUGAUUACAGCACAAGCCCACCGCCUGAUUACCCAAAUGGAGCCGGUCCUAAGAGAGGGGUCUCUCGCGCCUCUCCUCAGACAGCCUGGCCUGGGCGGAGGGGAACAGGACCUGAUCACCCUGACAACGGCCCUUAUUGCCACUUACUACUUGGACCGAACUCAGCAGAGGAUGGAGAAGAGAGCCGAGGCAAUGAGGACUAUCAAUAUGGGAUACCAGAAGCUGCUCACUUAUCAAAAACAGGAUGGGUCAUACAGUGUUUUUAAGACCACGCGAAGCAGCACUUGGCUGACUGCUUAUAUGGCUAAAGUCUUCUCUAUGGCCAGAGGCAUCAUCAGCACUGAUGGGAACGUGAUCUGCAGGGCGCUGUUAUGGCUGGCCGUGAACACACAGAAUCCAGACGGAAGCUUCCGAGAGCUGUCUCCUGUUCCAUACACUGUCUCCAGCACUGGGAAUGUGUACGGCAAAGACAAGGAUGCCUCCAUGACUGCUUUCGUGCUGAUUGCCAUGCAGGAGAGUUCCUCGGUACCCUGUACUGAGAAGAGGAUUUCUAACAGUAUCAUGAGGGCCCUCGACUACCUGGUCCUUAGGAUCUACACAAUGACCAAUCCCUAUGCGGUUGCAAUGGUGUCAUAUGCCCUUGCUAAUGCUGGCCUCCUGAGGAAGGAUGUCCUCCUGAGUCACGCCUCGGCAGCUGGUUUCAACUGGCCAGUCCCAGGCAACCAUCUCUUCACUCUGGAGGCCACAGCUAAUGCCCUGCUGGCCCUGGUCAAGGCCAGGGAGUUUGAGAAGGCAGGGCCCAUCGUGAAGUGGCUGAACAAACAGCAGAAACAUGGAGGAGGCUAUGGAUCCACACAGGCCACCCUGAUGGUGUACCAGGCGCUGGCGGAGUACACAGCCCAGGGCCGGCAGCAGCAGAUGGGCAGCUCUCUGGAGGUCACCCUCAACAUGGCCGAGCGCACGAAACCCCUCGUCUGGACUUUCACGAGGGCAAACGAUCUCGUGCAACGCUCUGUCAAGGUCAGCCUGGACCAAAAUAUGACAGUAACUGCCAGAGGAAAUGGACGAGGGUCUCUUUCUGUGAUGACAAUGUACUAUUCUUUACCAAGGAGUCAGGAAGAAGCAUGCCGCAAGUUUAGACUGGAUGUGUCUUUCCAGAAACUACCUCAAGGUUCUCAUGAAGGGGCAUCGGAGAUCCAUUUACUCACUAUUGAUGUCUCCUUCCUGUCCAAAGAUGGUAGUUCCACCACAGCAAUCUUGAAUAUUGGGAUUCUGACUGGAUAUGUUUUAGACAAAGAAGACAUGAAGAAGCUGUCUACAGGGAAUACUCAGGAGAUGGAUGCGAAGUCACCUUCACAGGGAAACAUCGUCAUGUAUCUUAAUGAGAUCUCUAAUCGGACGCCAGAGAGGAUUACUGUUCGGAUGCAUAGAGUGGUUAACGUGGGGCUGCUCCAGCCUGCUGGGGUAUCUGUGCGGGAAUACAACUCACGGGAAGAGUGUUCGAAGUUCUACCACCCCCUGAAGCCAGAUGGCGCUCUUGGCUUGAUUUGUCAGCAGCAGGUCUGCAAAUGUGCUGAAGAAAGCUGUGGUGUGCAGAUGAAGCAGGUGACAGAGAAUGUGUCCCGAAAUGAUGUGGCUUGUAGGCAGUUCCGAGAUCAUGUGUACAAGGUCACCGUGGAGGCUGUGCAUCUCUCAAGCUGGGUUGACACCUAUCACAUGAGAGUAAAACAGGUGGUCAAACAAGGCACGGACAGAGUCACAGAGGAGGAUCUCUGUCAGUUCCUGUCUCUCCCUCAGUGUAGAGAGGGGUUGGAUCUGAUAGAGGGCAGAACAUACCUGAUCAUCGGCUCUUUAGCCAAUCUCAUGAGAGCGCAUGAACGGUACCAGUAUGUGCUGAGCAAACACACCUGGAUUGAGUACUGGCCCACCGACAGCGAGGGAAAGACUCCUGAGUUCAGGUCCAAAUACAUGGCCAUUCAACAAUUUGCUGAAGAACUCAGAAAAAUUGGAUGCCAGUUGUGAAAUUUUUAUUUGAACACCAUUGCUAAUCCAAGAUGCACAGUAAAAAAAAAAAAAAAACAUGGUCAAAAUCACAGUGCUGAUGUAUUUUGCUAACUAAUUUUAUUAACAUUGAUAACAUAACAAGCUCCAGUGACGGCUCUCAGUUUUUGUAAAUAAUUCAAAUAAUAUAAUGAUAUUUACCAUUA